AUGGAUACAUUGGUAUUGUGGAUUUUCGUAAUGUUAUUUGUUGUAUCAAGUUGCCAGUAUCCUAAAUCUCGGGAAAACAAUUACCCGAAGUUUCCAAAUUACAGAGAAACCAAAAUUGUGAAGCAAGAAAGUAACAUAGGACUCCCAAAUUACAAUUUCUCUUAUGAAACAAGCGAUGGAUCUCGAAGAGAAGAAGCGGCAGUACUCAAAGAUACCGGUAAUAAAAAAGAAGCGGUACUGGCGGUUAGCGGUUCAUAUACUUACGUAGGUACAGACGGUGUGACUUAUAAAAUUACCUACGUUGCCGACGAGAAUGGUUACAGGGCCUCCGGAGAACAUUUGCCAACAAAUAAACAAUAG